UGUUUUUGUUUGUGUUUGAGGUUAUGGCAUGUUACCUGUUGUGAUACGAGCGUCGAGCGUAAAAAUAUACUAUCGAAUUUUUUUUUCUAGAAACCAUGGACUUGCUUCCUUUUUUUGAUUCGAGUUCGUCCUCUGAAUCUUCUUCCUCCUCUGAAUCAGAAGAAGAUGACUAUGUUGUCAUUUUUAGGCGGCCACACGCCAAAAUUCAGGGCUACAUACCGACUGUUGUUGACACUUACUGCCUAUCAGAUUUCAGGUCCCAUUUUAGGAUCAGUCGAACUUCUGUUGAGAUGAUUGUAAAUGUGCUGGAACACCAAUAUGUUGUAGUGCGACGGCGGCCUCCCUUUCCCCUGCGACAUGCAGUUCUCAUGACUUUGUGGACACUGGCCAACCAAGAGAGCUUUCGAGGGGUUGGUGACCGGUUCGGAAUUUCAAAGGGCAAUUGUCACAGUAUCUUUAUCACUGUGUGCCAGUUAUUAUGUAAUAAAGUGCAGUUGUGGAUUCGAUGGCCAGCACCAGGUUAUGAAAGGGUACGCAUCCUGCAAGGUUUCGCCAACUUGCGUAGAGUCGUAAUCAUUGGAACAUUUGCUAUCAUUGAUGGGACUCACAUUGGCAUUCCAGGUCCCUUAAAUGAUGAAUCGUUCUACAAUAGGAAAGGUUUCCACUCCGUCUUGGCCCAAAUAGUCUGCUCAUUCGAUUAUGAGAUAAUUGAUGUGUUUUGUGGUUUUCCCGGAUCCUGCCACGACGCACGAAUGUGGCAUGAAAGUCCGUUAGGUUUGAAACUGCAAGAACAUGCUGAAGAAAUGCUGCCUGAGGACUCGCACAUCUUGGGUGAUUCAGCAUACCCAUGCACUCCCACGAUGUUGGUGCCUUUCAAAAAUGACGGGCACUUGACGGAACAACAGAAAAAUUUCAAUACAGUGUUAAGUUCAACAAGAGUUGUUGUUGAGCAAACCAUAGGGUUGCUAAAGUGUCGUCUCCGCCGCCUUAGAUACCUUCACAUCUAUAAUUUAAGUUAUGCAAAAUUUAUAAUUACAGCUGCUUGCAUUAUUCAUAAUAUUAGAGUAAAAGAGAGAAGCGAUGGUAAUGAAAAUAAUAUUAAUGAUGGUGAUGAUAGCGAUGUUGAUGAUAAUGGUUAUGAUAGUGGACUUGAUGGUAUUAGCGACAAUAGUGAUGAUGAUGAUUUACUGUAUGAUGAUUUUCUUGCCGAAGAAGUGGCGAGGGACAUCGGAGCAGACGCUAAUGCGGUUCCAGGGGCGCCCUACGAUAGAGAUGCGGCAAGGGAGGCUGGCCAAGCGAGAAGACUAAGAAUAAUGCAAGGUUUGAACAUGAACGGGAAUUAGAAUCAUCCAUUUUUUUUUUGGUCUUUUGAAUGCUUUGUUAUGCAGGUGUCACAGUUGGUCGAAAAAAUAAAUAAAUAAAAACAUAUUCAUAAUAAUGAGUGUCCAAUUUAAAA